CAUUCUCUUUCUCUUCCUCUUUCUCAAGAAACAAACAAAGCAACAAAUUUUUUUCAAGCAUAUGAGACGAUGAGUCGUCUGGCACCAUUAUCAGAAGAACCCAUUAACGACGAAGAUCAAGACUUCUCCUUCUCCAACACCUCCAACAAGAAGCCUCAUUCAUGGAAGAACUGGCUCAAAACCCACUUCUCCCUUCUUGUUUUCACCAAAAAAUCUGACCUCAAAAUCCUCUUAAGUGUCCUCGGUUGCCCUCUCUUCCCCGUCCCCGUUCUCCCCGAACACUCCCUCAAUGAGGUAUCAUCGUCUGCACAGUAUAUUAUACAGCAUUUUAUGGCGGCAACAGGGUGCCGGAAAUUGGAAGGGAGAGUGAAGAACAUUUUUGCAACUGGGAAAGUUACAAUGGCAAUGGGAGAUGAAUUUGGGGGCUCAAAUGGCUCAAUCGGUGCUGGUGGCGGCAGCAGUGGAGGUGGUUUAGGAGUUUCAGAAAAAGGGUGUUUUGUAAUGUGGCAAAUGUUUCCUAACAAGUGGCUCAUUGAGCUUGUUGUGGGUGGUCACAAAGUUGUAGCUGGUAGUGAUGGCAAUGUAGCUUGGCGGCACACGCCGUGGCUCAGUGCACACGCCGCCAAAGGCGGCGUCCGCCCUCUUCGUCGAGCUCUUCAGGGAAUGGAUCCAAUAGCAGUAUCAAACAUAUUUUCGACGGCGCAAUACAUGGGGGAGAAGCAAAUUUGUGGAACAGACUGUUUUGUGUUGAAGCUAUCUGCAAACCAAUCUGAUCUUGCUGAUAGAAGUGAUAGCACAGCAGAGAUGAUAAAGCAUGUAAUUUUUGGUUACUUCAGCCAAAGAAGUGGGCUACUGGUGUUUUUAGAAGACUCAUAUUUAACCAGAAUUCAGGCCCCUGGAUCUCAACCAACUUAUUGGGAAACCUCCAUGGCUACCAAAAUUGAAGACUACAGGGCUGUAGAAGGUGUGAUGAUAGCGCACGGUGGUCAGUCGAGCGUUAUCAUCACAAGAUUCGGAGAUAAUCUCAAGGCGGGACUUUCAGUUACACGCAUGGAGGAGGUGUGGAUGAUCGAUGAUCUCGCGUUCAAUGUUGCUGGGUUAUCAAUGGAUUGUUUCAUCCCUCCGAAAGAAGUUCAGAAAGAUUGUUGUUUGCCGGAUGAAAAUGUCGAUUGUUUAAGGUCAUCACCAUUGCUCUGAUGAUGCAUAAAAAUUGAAUAUUAAUUGCUUGUCAUUUGACAUUUAACUAGACUUACUAGAUGAUGAAUGUUGCUCAUUUUGUGUAUACAUGUCUACAUAUAAUGUGUAAAUUAUUUCUGAAUUUUUUUUAUUGUUUAGAACUCGAAAUUAAUCGAUAUUCAUAUUGAUCA